AUGUCCCAUGAAGAUUAUUCUGAGGAUAAUAAUGAUAACCAUAUUGAUCAGCUUUCUGAUAUGUUUGCUAAUUUAGACAUUAGUAACCUUAAUAUUAAUAAUAAUACUAGUAUAAACCCUGUUUAUUCCCCAAGACCUAUAGAAAAGUAUUAUUACAAGCGUCCCUCACCGCAAGAUUUGCUUUUUGAGGAGUCAGAACCUUUCCAGAAUUCUUAUUCAGGAAAAGUCAUUUAUGAAUGGAAUGUUGAUGGUCUUAAUGACAAACAAAUUAUAGAUACAAUUCAUAGGAGGAUCACGUACUCAGCUGUUUGCAAGCAACAUGGAAAUUCUGAUAGUUCAAUAACAUCCUUUAUAACAACAGGAUUUGUUGGCCAACUUAGAGGCUGGUGGGAUCAUUAUCUCACUGAAGCUCAAAAUUUAGAGAUUCUUAAUCACAAAAAAAUCGUUAAGAGCUAA